AAUGUGCAUGGGGAACGCACGUGCGAAAAGCAACACGAGUACAGAUCUCGUCUAACCAAAUCAUUUUGUUUUAAUUUUUUACGCAAAGAACAAAAAUUAAAAAAAAAAAAAAUUACAGAGAGCGCCAAAGAGAAGAUACGACAAACCUGAGAUCCUCCAUUAACGACCGCCAUAUCCAAUUCUUCAUUGUUUACAGUAUUUUUCUUGUGAAUUCUUCUUUAUCUCGCUAACAAAUUUUUUUGUUGGAAUAUUCCACCACAUUCUUUCUCUAAACCCUAAACUACAUUUCAAUUUUUGUUUCCGCUCUAUUUCUCUCUCAAUUUCUUCGGGCGGGGACAUGGGAGCUUGAAUUGAUUGAAAGUUAAGUCAAUCUUCUUUUUCUUUUCACCAUGAGACGUCAAGUGUGAACGUGACGGCAACGACGGCCGCACCGAGAGGGAAAGUGUUGCCUUCAAGGUCAAUCAAAAAUCCAUUUCCAUUUUGUUUACGGAAUUUACACUCUGCAAUACAACACAAUCAUGGCGUUUCUGCAAUUAUUCCUUUUGCGAGGGAAUUUGGUGAUCGGUGAGGCUGAAAAUUAGAUGCAAUAUGUCUUCGUAAUGCGGAUUCCAAUUGGGGAUUUGAUUUCUAGGAGCUUCGUUUUAUGCUUAUUUGGAUCUCGAGCCGAAUAUCACAAUGGCCUUAUUUCGCAAAUUCUUUUAUCGGAAGCCACCGGACGGGCUUUUAGAGAUAUCCGAAAGGGUUUAUGUUUUCGACUGCUGCUUUACAACGGAGGUUUUGGAAGAAGACGAAUACAAAGUCUAUAUUGGAGGUAUCGUGGGACAACUUCGUGAAAGUCUCACCGAUGCUUCAUUCAUGGUGUUCAAUUUCCGAGAGGGGGAGAGUCAAAGCCUCAUCACUAAUAUAUUAUCUAUGUAUGAUAUGACUGUCAUGGACUAUCCUCGACACUAUGAAGGUUGCCCUCUUCUCACCAUGGAGAUGAUCCACCACUUCUUAAGAUCCUGUGAAAACUGGCUCUCACUUAUGCAACAAAAUGUACUUUUGAUGCACUGUGAACGAGGGGGAUGGCCGGUCUUGGCUUUCAUGUUGGCUGCUCUUUUGAUUUAUAGGAAGCAAUAUGCUGGGGAGCAGAAAAUUUUGGACAUGAUCUACAAGCAAGCACCUCGGGAGCUUUUGCAGUUGAUGUCACCUCUUAAUCCAUUGCCUUCGCAAUUGAGGUAUCUUCAAUAUGUAUCAAGGAGAAAUGUGGGAUCAGAAUGGCCUCCGCUUGACAGGGCGCUUACUCUAGACUGCAUAAUUAUUAGACUUAUUCCUAAUAUGGAUGGUGAAGGUGGUUGCCGCCCAAUAUUUAGGAUAUAUGGACAGGACCCCUUUAUGGCUGGUGAUCGAACCUCCAAAGUAUUGUUCUCAACACCCAAAAGGAGUAAACUUGUUCGCCAGUAUAAGCAGGUUGAUUGUGAGCUAGUUAAAAUUGAUAUCCAUUGCCAUAUCCAAGGUGAUGUUGUUUUUGAAUGUAUAAGUUUGGACAAUGAUCUGGAAAGGGAGGAGAUGGUGUUUCGAGUUAUGUUUAAUACGGCAUUUAUAAGGUCAAAUAUUUUGAUGCUUAACCGGGAUGACAUCGAUAUCUUAUGGCAUGCAAAGGAUCAAUUUCCAAAGGAUUUCAGAGCAGAGGUUCUUUUCUCAGAGAUGGAUGCUAACGCAUCGCGUAUUUCAAUUGAAUUGCCGAAUAUUGAGGAGAAAGAUGGUCUUCCAAUUGAAGCAUUUGCUAGAGUUCAAGAGAUCUUUAGCAAUGUGGAAUGGCUAAGCCCCAAGGCAGAAGCAGCUCUUACUGCGCUUCAGAAAAUGACAGCUUCAAAUUUUCUUCAAGAGAAACUUAUUAGUUUCAACUCUUUAGACAGAAACCAGUUGCUUGACUUAUCUUUAGAAAAACUAAUAUCGGAAUCAGAGACAUCUGAAGACAAUAUUAGAAGUCCCCAAUUGAAGAUACAAAAAAAUCAAUCCGAGCCGUCUUCUGAACUAUAUCGCACUGAAAGAUCAGUGAGAUCGAAGAUUGAAACCCCAGAAUUGCAGGUUGCUCUCGAACUACCACCUCAGACUAAAAUCGUUACCCAAAGAAUACCUCAACCUUCCAUGUCUACACCAGUCUCCUUUCCUAGUUCUGUGCAAGGUUCACCUUCCCCAAAAUUAAGAUAUCCGAGUGCACCUUCUGCUCCGGGCAAUACAGCAUUAUUCCACGAUCAUUCCAAAUUUAGUGGUAAGGAAGUCAUACAUCCAGCGACAAUAUCUUCACCAUCAUCUUAUCGCUUGACUCCAAGUGCUCUAGAUUCAUAUAAAUAUAUUCAACCCGGCAAGCAUCCUAUUUUGCCUCCCCCGCUGGCACUGGAGCCAAGUUCUACAUUAGAAAGACCUUCUACCACCACAUCAACUUCAACCAUUUCUGAUCCAUUUGUACUCCGCCAACUUUCUUUGAAACCUAUUAAACCUUCAAUUUCUCAACCGUCUCAAACCACGUCACUAGGGAGAAGUCAAUUAUUACCAUCUUCAUUACAACCAACGCCUAGCUCUUUUCUUAGGAAGUCCACACCUUCAUUCAAUGAGAGUUUACCUUCGAUAUCCUCUUCUUCUUUAUUAAGAUCAUGUCCAUGUUCUUGUGCCAAGCAAUCAUUUUGUCUUCCCACUCCUCCCUCUCCUCCCAUCUCUCAUCUUGAUUCAUCUUCGUUUUUAGUAACAUCUCCAUCUUUUGGCAGGAUGAAUGGUUCAUUUUCCCCAUCUCCACCACAACCUUCUUCUACAACAAUACUAUUGUCCUCGACAAUGACAUCAAUUCCAGUUGUUCUUCAAUCUUCUUCGUCUAAUGAUCGUUUAGUUUCUUCUCAGUUGCCUAAAAAGAAUUUGUCAAUUGUCCCUCCCCCUCCACUAUCUCCUCAUCCUCCUCCUCCAUGCUCUAGCCCCAACUUGGGCGCUAGUGUUGUCUUGCCAACAUCGGUGCCCCCACCGCCACCUCCACCUCUGGCCCCACCCUUGCCCCCAUCUUUGAGUUCAUCGACUUGUGGUUCUAGUACCAUGUCUUUAGGGCCACCGUCGCCACCACCUCCUCCUAGUCCUGCACCACAGGGUUCUACCACGGUAGUCAGGAACUUGAAGGUUGUACCUGGCCCUCCACCUCCCCCAUCUCCUCCCUCUCCUAGAUCUUCCCCAGAUCCUAGUAAUGUAUCUUUAGCACCGCCUCCUCCUCCUCCUCCUCUUCUGCCUAGUCGUGCACCAAAUGUUUCUGCAACAACGCAUGUCUCUGGCCCCCCUCCUCCUCCUCCUCCACCUUCUGCCAAUUCAGGAUCCACCUCAAGUCCAGGUGUUGUAACGUCAGCUCCACCUGCCCCACCUCCUUCAGGUUUUUCAACGACGGGACCUGCUCCACCUGCACCCCCUCCUUCCUCACAGUCUCACGCUGGCACUAAUAAUGGCAACAUACCUUCUAUUCCUGGACCACCUUCCAGUGCUUUACUUGCAAAGGGACGAGGCCUUGGACGUUUGAACUCCAAAAACGUGUCUCAACCUAAAAGGUGCAAUUUGAAGCCUUACCACUGGUUAAAAUUAACGAGGGCCAUGCAAGGAAGCUUAUGGGCUGAGUCACCAAAGAACGAUGAAGCUUCCAAAGCUCCGGAGUUUGACAUGUCCGAACUUGAAAGUCUUUUCUCUGCAGCUGCACCAAAUUCGGAGUCUGGAGGUUCUGGUAGAAAUUCAAAUCGCCGAGCCUCAGGGCCAAAACCAGAAAAAGUUCAGCUGAUUGAACUUCGACGGGCCUAUAAUUGUGAAAUUAUGCUCUCUAAAGUUAAGAUUCCUUUGCCUGAUAUGAUGUGUUCAGUCCUUGCAUUGGAUGACAUGGCGUUAGAUGUGGAUCAGGUUGAGAACCUAAUAAAGUUUUGUCCAACAAAAGAAGAAAUGGAAUUACUUAAGGGGUACACUGGGGACAAGGACAACUUGGGAAAAUGUGAACAAUUCUUCUUAGAAUUAAUGAAGGUCCCACGAGUUGAGGCCAAGCUAAGAGUUUUUUCUUUCAAGAUACAAUUCGGGUUGCAGGUCUCUGACCUUAGAUAUAGUCUGAAUACUGUCAAUUCGGUAUCUGAAGAGAUCAGAAAUUCGAUAAAGUUGAAAAGGGUAAUGCAAACUAUUCUUUCGUUGGGUAAUGCUUUGAACCACGGAACGGCUAGAGGUUCUGCUAUUGGAUUUCGGCUUGAUAGUCUCCUCAAACUCACUGAUACGCGAGCCAGAAACAAUAAGAUGACUCUCAUGCAUUAUCUAUGUAAGGUGAUCGCUGAAAAGCUACCAGAACUUAUAGAAUUUCCAAAGGACCUUGUGCAUUUGGAAAUUUCUACGAAGAUACAACUGAAAUAUUUGGCAGAGGAAAUGCAAGCCAUAAGCAAAGGGCUUGAGAAGGUUGUUCAGGAAUUGUCUAAUUCAGAAAACGAUGGGUCCGUUUCAGAAACUUUUUGCCGGACUUUAAAAGACUUCCUUUCUCAUGCCGAGGCCGAAGUGAGGUCUCUCGCGUCUCUUUAUUCUAAUGUGGGUAGAAAUGCUGAUGCGCUUGCUCUUUAUUUCGGCGAGGAUCCAGCACGUUGCCCUUUCGAGCAAGUUGUUAAUACGCUGCUCAAUUUCAUGCGGAUGUUUGUGCGAGCACAUGAAGAAAACUGUAAGCAGCUUGAUUACGAAAAGAAGAAAGCACAGAAGGAAGCAGCAGAAAAGGAGAAGUUGAAGAUUGGUAACCCGAAAAACGAGUCAGGAAUCUUGAUGAAGACUCCAACCUAACGUAGUGACAUCAAACGAUCCCGAGCAUUUCUAACAAACAUUUCUGCAACAUACUAAUUUAUUCUCCAUACAAUGUGACCAAAGUAGUAACCCACAUAACCCAUCACACAUGAUUGAAGAAUGCCAUCGUCAUUGCUGCUAUCUUUGGAUAGAAGAACGUUUCAGACGCACAGGAUGUAGAAUAAGUAGCCUGUGUUCGGACGAAAUCAAAGUCUUCUACCAAAUUGUAUUAUUUCUUAACAAAAAAAAAAAACUUAGGGGUGUUGAACUCAUCAGCCAUUGUUGCUGUCAUGUUUGUGUAACUAAGUAACUGGGUAGGAUGGUAGAUUGGUGAAGUUUAAGGAAGUCUUGUUUGAGGAAGCCCUCAAAUGGGACUUGGUUAGAUCAGAAUUUGGUGUAAAAUAUUUGUAAUAGUAGCUUGUUCAUUGUUUUACAUAA